AGUCAAGUAAAAGAUCUGAAUACUUCUUCUGCCACUGAUGGUACCCCAUCAGAAAACUGCAUUUCAGCAGGUCCAUUUGCUGUGUCUUGUAUAUAGGCCUAAGCCUAUAACAAGUAGUAUCAGCCUGUAGAGCAUGGCAGAAGAAACGUAUAGGGGCGCACCUAGGCAGCAGAAGCAGGGAGAUCAAUGCAGCACCUGACCUGUUGACCUUUACCAUAUCACAUUUUGACUGUACAACAGAAACAGGGACCUAUAAUAUCAAUGACCACAAAUACAUUAUGUUUCACUGAUAGGCUAUCAGUGAUGGCAGACAGACUGAGGUCGGAGGACUCUCACUGUAAACCUCACUGUGAUUCAAUCUUCCAACAGCAGGUGGCAGCAGAGGACCUCUGAGGACAUUAUGCACGGUGUUCGUCCCACGUUUAUGGCAGGGAUGUUUGUGUUGUAUAUAACGCAAAUAAACACUGGGGUACUGUAACUCAACAUGUGCAAUUGAUGCUUAGCCUACAUGAUUUCAUGAAGAAAAAUUUCUAUCAUAAAUUCAUUUUCCUGUAGGAUCACGCGCGUCAGUGCUGUGUUGUGAGUCUUGCAAUGGAGCGUCUCUCAUGGUAUUUUGUAAUGAGGCUAUGGCCCUGCCCUGUAAGUAACGGAUAUCACACCAUACGCGCUCCCAGCUGCCAAUAAUGUGCGUGGGUUUCUCCAGAUUGACAGCAGAUGGUUGCAUGACUUUUUUCAAACAAUGGAUUCAACGAGAGCAGUUUUGCAUUUAGUUUUUCGUGCAUCAAGCUGAUGCAGUAGUUGUCUGGCUUCCACGUUAGGUUGGGAAUCCAUCAUUCAGGAAAACCGAUAAACCUUUGGGCACUGAUCUGAUUUUGAGCAUUUCAUGGACCUGUGUGAACCCUCAUUUGGAGAGACUAGGUGCCACUGCUUGCAGGAAGGUGAGAAGAAUCGGCGGGAAUGCUACAAGUUCAUGUUUUCUUCAGGUCAUUUCAGGAAUGCUAAAGAUGGGUCAUGGUAGACUUCAGCUGGACUGACUACGGUAGCACAUGUUUGAUGUACCUUGUUUACCUCCUGAACAGCACACCACAGCUCCUCACAGCCUUAUUGUCUGGUGGCUGUUUACAACCAGUCCUCCGCCUCCUUCCCACUGGUUCAUCCACUGGAAUAGAGUCAGUCUCCAAUUUGGCCUAUAUUUCCCAAAAUGAAUUUCGACCAGAUCCUCUCUGCCGUCGGAGGCUUCGGCAAAUAUCAGAAAAUUUUGUACAUAUGGAUUUGUUUACCCCAGAUCCUCCUCGCCUUCCACAUGAUGGUGAGCGUCUUUACUGGAGCCACGCCGCCCCAUCACUGCCGGGAGAGCUCGAACCCAGCAGCCGGGAAUCAGUCCUCCUUCCCAGGUACACUCAGCCUGAACUUCAGCCUCUCGGAGUUUUCCUGCUUCUCUUCCGAUGUUUUGCUGCAGGGCAACCGGACUGAGCGCGUCCCAUGUGGUCACGGAUGGGUGUACAGCAAGGAGACUUUCCAGAGUACAACAGUCAGCGAGUGGGACCUGGUGUGCAGCAAAGCUGGACUUAACAGUCUUGGUUCGUCUAUCUACAUGUUCGGCCUGUUGGUGGGAUCAGUGGUGUUUGGAGCCAUGGCUGACAGGUACGGCCGACGUUUCAUCCUGCUGCUGUCCAUCGCUCUUCAGACUGUGUUUGGAGUCGCUGUGGCCUUUGCACCCAACUUCCACGUCUAUGUGAUUCUUCGCUUUGUAGUUGGCUCCACGAUAUCUGGAGUCAUCAUCAAUGCCUUUGUACUUGGCACUGAGUGGACGUGCACCAAGCGGCGCAUGCUAGCUGGUAUUAUGACCGACUACGCAUUUGGUCUGGGCUACAUGCUGCUAGCAGGCGUAGCAUACUUGAUACGAGACUGGAGAAAAUUGCAACUGGCUAUAUCAGCCCCGGGCUUCCUGCUCAUCUUCUAUAUAUGGGUGCUUCCUCACUCUGCCAGAUGGUUGCUGGCCAAUGACAGGAGAGAGGAAGCCAUCGCACUCCUCCGCAAGGCAGCACUUGUUAACGGCCGAGUGUUACCUCCCACUGUGCAGGUUGAGAAGAUUUUAGGUGGAGGGAAGCAAAGUCAUUCAGCAGUGGAUCUCGUACGAACACCUCAGAUGAGGAAGAGGGCUAUCAUCUUGUUCUAUAUCUGGUUUGUGAAUGUGCUGGUGUAUUACGGCCUCUCACUAGGUGUGUCCAGGUUGGGGACAAACCUCUACUUGACCCAGUUUGUGUUCGGGUUGGUUGAGAUCCCGGCUCGUUCUCUCGUCCUGCUUGUCCUGCCCUGCAGUCGCCGACUCUCCCAAAGCGUAUUUCUGGCUGUUGGAGGGCUCGCCUGUCUGCUCAUGCUCGCUGUCCCUGCAGAUUAUCCCAAUGUCCUGACUGGUCUUGCCAUGGUAGGGAAGUUUGGUAUAACAGCUUCCUUUGCUGUAAUCUAUGUGUACACCGCUGAGAUAUUCCCCACUGUGCUUCGGCAAACAGGAAUAGGUGUAUCCUGUAUGUUUGCGAGGAUGGGGGGUGUGUUAGCACCCAUUAUCAACAUGCUUCACAACCACAGUCCCACUACACCUCUGGUCAUCUUCGGUACCUGCCCACUGUUGGGUGCUGUCCUGGCCCUGGCACUGCCUGAAACUGCCGACAGACCUCUUCCUGACACGGUGGAGGACGCAGAGAACUGGGACAUGAGGUCGCCUCCCAACAAAGAGAACCGUAUGAUGUCUGAGGAUAUUAGCCAAUUAGCUAGCAGCACAGAGGAGCAGGAGCUACGACAUCUAGCAAGCCAGGCCUAAGUGUGUGUAAAAGGAUGCACACAUUCCAGUAUUCACAUAUUAUACAGCCUCAACUUUGUUACCAGAUACAGUACUUAACAUAACAUCCUCUAUGCAAUUACAUGUCAGGAUCUGAUUAAGAGCUCUAUGCAAGAAAGUCAAAAACAUUUCACCCACCAAACUAUCAUGUAGGUGCACAUGCACACAUGUACAAAGCAGGAAUUCAUAUAUGCUGCCAAAGCAAAUCAUCAGCCUACUGUUUUACCAGAUGCAGGUAAGACCCGUCUAAGUCAGGAACAAAUAAUCGUAGUUUGCAAUCUCAGAUGUUUACACCUUUAUUCCAAUUUUGAGAAGUUCUUUGACAUAUUUUACAUAUGUGGUGAGACAGAAUAAAGUUUGCAGACACAGAUUUCAUAUUUGUAUAUAUUUAUAAAUCUACAGGCAUCAGCUCAGAGCUCAAAUUUCUAAACCUCUGCUAAUUUGAAGAAUCAGAUUGGACAAGACUUAAGCAGACUGUAAGGUAGUACACAUAGUCCUGUUGAUCAACUAUUGUUUGGACUUCAUAUUUUCCAGGACUGAAGGAUUUAUUACAUUUUGUGCAUUUAGUGAAAGCACAUAAUAUUUUUGUAUAAAAGUGUACCAUGUCUGUGAAAUAUCUUUGUUGUAUCUUAAUGCUGUAUUGAACAAGCAACUGCCUCGUUUUCUAUGUUCUCAUUCUCAAGCAGAGAAACAAAAUUAGUCCAGUGAGAUUGCAUGCACUAGUCAACUUUAUUACACCUAAUUUAGCCUUUUGUCAACGUAGUUCAUUUGUAGUUUUUGUAUGGAAACUAUGGGAUGUGACUGAUCAGCAUGUGAAGAGAUAUUGAUUAUUGAUAAGAUUUCAGCAGUUUGUAGAGGUUUGUUCUCUUUUUAUUAUAUUGAAUUAUACUCUGAUGUAAAAAUGACUCGCUAUGAUGACUUGGAUCUGUGAAAUAUCUAGUACAUUUUACAAGUAUUUAAGGGCUGUUAUUGUGUAUUAGUGCUACAUUUAAAAAAAAAAAAAAAAGCAUGGAUCAGAAACACAGGUCAUGUAAUGUUACUCAGGCAAAAGGAAUUUGAUUCUUCAAAAUCUAUUAUUCCUAUAGCAAGAAAUGUGAAACCAGUAUGCUUUGAAAGCUGAGAAUGUACAGAAGGGAUAACCUGUUAUUCCACUGCAUGACUUUAGAAAGCAUGCCUUACGGCUGCCCACGGCAUGUCAGGAUGUUAGAUCAACCAGAGAUGUCACAGAAAUCAGAUACUGGAAAACUUUCCAAUUUUUUAUUGCAUUGAUUCCAGCCCAGUGCAUUUGAAUGCAACAAAUUAAAAAAAUAAAAAAAAAAUAAAAGUACAAACACAAGUGGAAAUGUGUCACAAAAUGUACUUUGCACAGCUGAAAUGAAGGCACUGUAGCUAUGUGCCACCAGCAAUAAACUUGGCAAAACCAUGUUUGAAAAA